CAGAAACUCCUCACUCUUCAAAGCAAAGCAAAGCAUCGCGCGCUACGCAACGCAACCUGCCCUUCCUUCCUGCAUGUCUGUCUGUCUGUCUGUCUAUCAGUCGGUCUCUCAGUCUGUCUGUCUGUCUGUCUGUCUCUCUGCACCCGAAAGCCCCAGUGAGGAUCCCGCGAUACUCCUGAACCGCUGCAGCGCGCCCUGACCUCAUCCGCUCGGCGCAUCGCAACUUUCAAGCCCAAAUGCAACUUUUAGGACUUUUAUUCCCAAUAUGCAAGCUCUCGACUUUCUGACGCGCUUUUUGCACGCGUGUGGCAUUUCUGACAUCGUGUUGUGAGUGGGAUAAAAAGCGCACAGGCGCACAGGCUGCUGGAGAUAAAUUCAGUGGGAGAUGAGAUGAGAUGAGAUGAGAUGAGGGGGGCUUGAUUCCGAUUCCGAUCUCAACUCUGAUUGAUUACUUAUUAGUCACCCCCCCCUCCCUCCCUUUGGAUCCCAGAUCCGUUCAAAAGGCAACGUAGAGCACAGAAAUGAACGCACUGCCGAGCGCGCUGGCGAGCUCCGAUCCGAACAGAAGACUCACUUUGGUAAGCAUGAGGAGCCUGGUGGCGGUUUAUACAGACUAAUAAUAAGAGCCGGUGCUUGGGCUUGUUCAGCUCGGACUCGGAUCUUCGCCUUGACAGCUGCUGAGAGGAAAAUCUAGAACUUGCGUGCGUCCUUGCACGUUUCCAAAUCUUUUUUCUUUUUUCUUUUUUCCCCUUUUUUUUUUUUUUUUUUUUUUUUUGGAUAAAAGCAAAGUAACAAAAACAUUAUGAAAGUGUGGACUUUCCUGCCGUGGCUCCCUUGCCUCGUUAUCCUAAUCCUGUGCGUCGGGUCGGAGUGCGGCCCCGUGUGGAGGAAAGGCCGGUCCAAGCGCGAGCUCGUGAAGCUACGGGAGGCUCGGGCGAGCGUGCCGGGCGCGUGCGCCACCCGCCUUCCACGCGGCAAGCGUUCCGUGCCGGGGCUCGAGCGGCGUCUGCCCCGCCAGCGCCGGCGCGCCUCCGCGGCCGACGAGAGCGAGGACGGGUCCGUCUCCGCCGCAUCUUCCGCGCACGGCCACGCUGUUUACUUUACAGGACGCGGAGACCAGCUGCGCCUCAGACCGGCGGAGGAAAUCCCGAGGGGAAACUUUACGCUGGGGAUGUGGGUGAAGCCCGAAGGAGGACAGCGCUCCCCUGCUGUGAUUGCAGGCCUCUUUGAUAAGUGUUUCUAUGCCUCGAGCGAUCGGGGUUGGCUACUGGGUAUCAAGACAGUUAGUGAGCAUGGCAACCGAGAUCCUCGCUUCUUCUUCUCUCUCAAGACGGAUCGUGCACAUAAGGUCACCUCCAUCCACUCCAACACCCGUUACCUGCCUGGCCACUGGGCCCACGUGGCAGUCACGUACGAUGGCAUUUAUAUGAGACUGUUUGUGAAUGGCGCUCAGACUGCUGUUAGCAGAGAACAGUCUGGAGAUGUCUUCUGCUCUCUUACUAAGAAGUGUAAGGUGUUGAUGGUGGGCGGAAAUGCCUUGAACCAUAACUACCGAGGUUCUGUUGAACGAGUGACUCUGUGGCGUCAAGCCCUCUCUCAGCGCCAAAUCAUAAAGGACAUGCAUGGCCAUGAGGACUCUCUCUAUCAAGCGGAACUCAUCAUUCGGGAGAACUUUGUGCAACCUGACCGCAAGUGGCUGGUGGUGAAGGAUGGGAAUUUCCCGCAACCAGACGAAGGCCCUCGGGCUGGGCUGGCCUCUCUGGACACAACCCUAGAGCCGCCGGCCUGUGGGCAGACAGUGUGCGAUAAUGUGGAGGUUGUGCGCAACUACAACCACUUCUGGACCUUCCGGAGACCCAAGACGGUGCGCUACCGUGUGAUCAACGUGUACGAUGACGAGUACCGUAGACCCACCGUGACUGAUCAGCAGAUCUAUCUGCAGCACCAGGAAUUGAAUGAAGCCUUUAGUAUGUACAACAUCACCUGGGAGCUUACAGUUCAUAACGUCAGCAACUCCACCCUGCGUUCCCGGUUAGUGCUAGCCAACUGCGAUAUCAGUAAGGUGGGUGAUGAGGACUGCGAUCCUGAGUGUAACCAUACCCUGACCGGAUUUGAUGCUGGGUACUGCAAGCCCAGAGCCCGGUGUGCUGAGCAUAAGCCAGGCAAUGGUGUGUGUGAUCCAGAAUGCAACUGGGAAAACUUUGCCUAUGAUAAAGAUGACUGCUGUAACCCCAAUAUUACUGACGUCACCAAGACAUGCUUCAAUCCUGCCUCACGUUUAAGGGCCUACCUGGAUGUGAAGGAGUUGAAAGAUAUCCUCAGAGUAGAUGGCUCUACGCACCUUAACAUCUUCUUUGCCAAUUCCACUAAUGAGGACCUGGCUGGAGUGGCCACCUGGCCGUGGGACAAGGAGGCCCUGACCCAUCUCGGAGGCAUAGUGUUAAACCCUUCUUUCUACGGCACGUUCGGCCACACUCACACCAUGAUCCAUGAAAUCGGCCACAGCCUGGGCUUGUACCACGUCUUCAGGGGUAUUUCAGAGAUCGAGUCUUGCAAUGAUGCCUGUUUGGAGACGGAGCCUUCGCUGGAAACAGGAGACUUGUGCGCCGACACAAACCCCACACCUAAAUACAAGCACUGUCGAGACCCUGAGCCUGGAAAUGAGACGUGUGGCUGCAGCAACUUUAUCCACACGCCUUUCAAUAAUUACAUGAGUUACACUGAUGACACCUGCACGGAUUCGUUUACCGAAAACCAAGUGGCUCGCAUGCACUGCUACUUGGACCUGGUUUAUCAGACAUGGCAGCCCAACUACAAGCCCCCUCCUGUCCCUAUGGCGCCCCGUGUGGUCGAACAACAUCAGGACUCCAUCACUGUGGAGUGGUUCCCUCCAAUCACAGGCCACUUCUAUGACAGAGAAGUGGGAUCAGUGUGUGAUAAAUGUGCCGAAGGCCGAGUCUUUCUCCAGUACGCCUCCAACUCCUGGUCUCCGCGUCCGUGCUUGCCUUCUGGACACUGGAGCCCACGAGAAGCUGAAGGUCCUCCAGAUGUGGAGCAAGUGUGUGAGCCAAGUGUUCGUACCUGGAGCCCCCACAAUGGCAUGGAGGUGGGCCUGGUACCACCACCAUGCCCACUGCAGGGCUGCAUGUUGCAGCUGGAAUUUGCGUACCCGGUCGUGCCCGAGUCGCUCACCGUCUGGGUGACAUUCUGUUCUUCAGAGGAGACGGCUCUUCCUGCGAUCCACAACAUUAUAUUGCUUUGUGUAGGUGGGCAUAACCUCUCUCUGGGACCCAGCGAUGUGUUUUGUGACACACCUCUGACCAUCAAGCUGGACGUAAAGGAGAAGGUGUACGGUGUGCAGUUCUUCACCAUGGAGCAGCACCUGGAGAUCGAUGCCACUUUGCUUACAUCCAAGCCUGACUGCCCACUGUGCCAGGAUUGUGAGGAGUUGCGUUACAGACUCCUGCGCCAACCAUCAUUUAGUCAUGCUCCGAAAGGCAUCGAGCUCAGCGACUCGGCACGCAGAUAUGUGGACAGGGACAUGGUGCAUGGCGUGAUGUACACCUACCAGGUUCAGACGAUCUCUAGGUGGAGAGAUAGCGAACCGUCUCCUCCUCUAUUCCACCGUCUUGGAGUGCCAUACUGCGGAGAUGGGCUCAUCCAGAGGUCCCAAGGAGAGCAGUGCGAUGAUAAGAACACCAUAAAUGGGGAUGGCUGCUCAAGUCAAUGUAGGAAAGAGCCGUUCUUCAACUGCGUAGACGAACCCAGCAUAUGCUACUACUAUGACGGCGAUGGUGUUUGUGAGGACUUUGAACGGGAGACAAGUGUAAGGGACUGUGGUUUGUAUACGCCAAGUGGUUUCCUGGAUCAGUGGGCCACUACGGUGGAGACGUCCCAUGAGGAAAGGCCCUACUGCCAAGCCGAGGUGGCAUCGGGAUACCCUGCAAUCACCAAGACCUGCCAGUCCAAGGUGUAUGACUUGUCUCAUGGCAUUUCCCAGUAUGCCUGGUUUCCUUGUCGCGAAGCCCACCGCGUUUCCUGGUAUCGCCCAUACUGGCUGAAGGCCUAUUUCUCGCACCCAAUGGUUGCCACAGCCGUCAUUAUCCACUUGGCGGCAGAUGGGACAACUAUUUUUGACUCGGUCCAACAUCAGACACAAUGCAACAUCUCUGUGCAGCUGGUGGACACCAAGGACAAGAUCCAUAGCUUAGGCAACUGGCGCCUGAGCUGCCGCACCAACCCGCUGGUGAUCCCCGUGAGUCAUGACCUCAGCAUGGCUUUCUACCACACCAAGGCUAUCCUCCUGAUCUUCCGCUGCCCGUUGGUGGCCAUCUCUGGUGUUGGUCUACGUUCCUUCCAGUUCUUCGACCCUAUCACCAUCAGCAGCUGCCAGAGCAAUGAGAUCUAUAACCCCAUGGGCCAAAGUUGUGUUCAUUACUCCUGCGAGGCCAUCGACUGCCAGGAGCCGAAGGUCCGCAAUGCAGAGCUGCGAUGUAGCGGCGGCUUUUUCAACGGCGCCCGAUGCACUGUCACAUGCAACAGUGGCUACGUGCUGCAGAUCCACCGGGACGAUGACCUCAUCAAGAGCCAGUCAGGAUCUAUGGUGACCAUCACCUGUACAGAUGGCAAGUGGAACAAGCAGGUGUCCUGUGAGCCUGUUGACUGUGGCCUCCCUGACAAGUACCAUGUCCACCCAGCCAACUUCUACUUUCCCGAGGGUACCACCUAUGGCAAGAAGUGCACCUUCCAGUGCAGGGAACCUGCUCAGCUUGUGGGAACAAAUAACACACUGACAUGCAUGGAGGAUGGCUUGUGGUCCUUCCCGGAGGCCUUGUGUGAGCUGCGUUGUCCUGCUCCUCCCGUCAUCCCCAACGCUGUUUUGCAGACCAAACGUUGUAACGAGACUGGUCUCAAAGUGGGCUCACUUUGCAAGUACAAGUGCAAGCCUGGCUACCAUGCCUCCAACAAGCCAAAGAGGCGGGCUUUUAAGAUUCAGUGCACAGAAGAUGGCCGAUGGCUGGAGGGAUCAUGUGAACCGGUGAUGUGUCCUCCACCUCCGCCGGUCUUCCACGGCAUGUACCACUGCACUGAUGGCUUCCUAUUCGACAGCACGUGCUGGCUGCAGUGCCACUCUGUCAACAACACGGCGAAGGCAUCUGCUCCCUGCAAGCAGCAGGGUCCACACUCCAACAUGAUCCGCUGCAGGAAGGAUGGAAACUGGACUGGAUCUUUCCAGAUCUGUCCAAACAUAAAGGGCCAGUGUGCUUUACCACGGAACCUGCAUCCAAGCAUCCGGCUCAACUGCGAUAAAGGACACGCCAUAGGAGCAGAGUGUGAGCUUUCAUGCAGGGACAUGAGCAGUGAUGUGGUCAUCCUGCCUGACAACAUGACAGCUAGCAGUGUUCUGGAGCACCACUGGAUGAACCCACCCAAAGUCACGCAUAUAACAUGCACCAUGGGCCUGAAAUGGUACCCCCAUCCCGAGGUCCUCCACUGCAUUAAAGGCUGUGAGCCAUUCCAGGGUGACAAUUAUUGUGAUGCCAUGAACAACAGAGCGUAUUGCAACUACGAUGGAGGAGACUGCUGCCAGUCCACUGUCAAGACUAAGAAGGUGAUCUUCUUUCCAUUAUCGUGUGAUCCGCAGACCGAUUGCGCCUGCCGGGACCCCAAAGCACCGGAAAACAGGAAAGACGAGCAUGUAUACUCUCUGGGCUGAGAGAAAGAGUGCAGCCAUGGAAAGCCCAGCUAUAGACUGGGUACAAGCAAGAUAUUCUUCCAGAUAUGCUGCUUCACAAGUGUACCUCUCCUGUCCUGUCUCACUCCUCCAUGUCAGUGUGUCUCCCUGCUAUCGUCUGUCACGUCUUGGAAGGUCUACCCAUCUUCAACUCAAUCGGAAAAAAAAAAAGAAGGAUAGAAAAAAGAAGACAGGUGUGGGUAUGGGACUAUACCCAUGUGUAGUAAAGAAGGAAAGUUUUUCUCUUAUCAAACUAGAAAAAAAGAUGAUAGAUUCUGGUUAGCAUGCCUAUCUGUGCCAGCUUUCAGUGUUCACGUCUAUUUGGCUGAAGUUUGUUUGAGGUUGGCGAUAAAGUCAAUGUGAAAGGAAACAUUUUGGCAAAAUUUUUAGCAGUCUUGACACUGCAAGGGCUUUGAUUUUUGUUUGAAGCCUUCUUUGUAUUGAUGUGGGGUUGCAAAGGGGACUAAAGAUGUCUGAGAGUAAUGGGUGUUCACUCAUGCUGGGAAUAUUUCCUGCAUCAGCAAACCAGAGAUGUUAAAAAAGGUGGAAAAACAAUGAAUUGAGGUGUGUUCCAUGGGCCAUUUGAGAGUCUAGUCCUGAUUAUGAAGUACCAAAUUGUGCAAAAUACAAAGGACCUAAAAAUUUGCAGGUAAUUUGGAAAUUUUGGUAGUUAGCAAAAAAAUCCAUCAGCAUCUAUCAAAUCCCAAACUGGUUACUCACUUAGUUUUACUAAACAGUCAUGGUAUAUGCAAUUAUGUAUGCUAAUGCUACUAUUCCACCCUAAUAGUUAGCAGGUCUUCAAAGACGGCAGUUGUUUUGACAUCAAUCCAAAACCAACAUGAAAGUGAACUCGCCAUGCUAACAUGGCUUCAGUUUAUGUUGCUGCUACUCCUGCUGCUACUUCGCCAUCAUGGCCAAUCUUAUUUUUUUAUGGAGCUGGAGUUAUGACUGCCUUAACAGUUACCUCAAGAUGCCAGACUCAUCCAAAAGUCCUCGUUCAAGAAAUGAUCAAUUUAUGACCUCAAGAAUGUUGGUUAUAAUCUGCAUAUAUUUUGAAUGUAAAGACAGGGUUAGCAUAUUCAGCCAUAUGACCAGUGCUUAGCCAAAAUCUGAAAUCUUUGAAUUUGCCAAAUUAACAUUGAUCUCUUUCUGUUUAACUGUCUGUCAAAAAUGGUAAGUCAGAGAUUGACAUUUAUCCACAGUGUAUUAGUGUAGUUGUGCCAAAUUGCCUACACCAGCAAUUCUCAAAUGGGGUCCAAGCACUACAGCCAGGAAAUAACAUACCGCCAUUAGUAAAGUUAAUAUAUUUAUUACAGAGUUCUUAUAGUUAUUAGCCACUUUGACUGGUCCCUCAUAUUAAAUGGGUUUAAUCCAAACCUCAAAAACAAGUCAGCCUGCGAAUAUCGUCUGCUGGGAUCUAAUGUGAUCUGUCGGGUGAAAAUUCAGGAACAGAAUACAUGACCUGACAGACACCCAUGAUUAGUUAGCAUUGCUCUGAUUGACAGGGGAGAGAGUAACACCAUCCCACCCAGUUUUGCAUUCUUGGACUCCCAGCUGUGGCAUCAUCAGGAUUUAAACUAGUGAUCUUGUGACAAUCUCAGAUCAAAGCUUUAAUAGCUAUGUAGCUUCAUGCUAGUGAGUCUGUAUACCAAUUGGCAAAACUAGUAUUGAAGCAGUGAUCGUGUUUGGCAGCUGGAUGCUCAAUCCAUACUCGCACAGUUGUAUAACUGAGGUUUUUAAAUUUGAAGAGUUACUUUUUAGGAGGUUUUUAGGAUAAACCCACAUCUGGAUCUGGACCAUUCCAGCUCCUGGUCCAUAGCAGUACCCCAAAUUAGCAUGUUCAGAUCAGUACAAUUUAAUAUUGGCGUUAGAAAAUUUUGAUUUUUUUAAGCCCUGAAACUUGCAUUUGGCUCCCUGUUUCCUCACCCUGCAUUUAAAAUCCAGAUUCCUAAAGCACUGUACUGUAUUUCUGCCAGUGGAACAUGCACACGACUCUAAACAGAGAACUUCAGGAAAUACAUGGAUGAAAGUGGCACAGAUUCAUUAGGCAUAGCAAACCAAGGAAUUCAUUCGAGGUGAAUGUCAUUGUAAAUACUUCAUAGAGGCUUAUCAAGACAAUGAUUGUUUUUCAUAGUGCUUCUAUUAGUUGGGAAAAAAUGUCAGUUUUCCUUCAUUUAUAUUUCUUAAAAAAAGAGAAAAGAACAGAAAAAAAAUCACUUUAUGUAUCAGUAAUCAGUAUUUGUAUUAAUGACCUCAGAUACUGCACUUUUGAGUAGCCAUUAAAGGGAAAGACUCCAAACUUUUAGAAAAACGCUGCUAUUGUAAAACGUUGAAUUUAAAACAAAACAAAACAAAAAAUGGUAUCAAAUAUGGUAUUGUGAUAUUCCUCUCUUUGUGGUUAUUGUGUUUCACCUGAUUUUAGCUGUUGAAUGGGACGAAACUCAUUGUAUGUUAGAUUCAUGUGCCUCGUCUGGAACUGCGAAACUGGCUUUAAUAUCCGUAUGUAUUGUUCAAAGAAGGAUUUGCAUCGUAAAACAUUGUAUCGUAUUUGUUGUAUAUGCAUAUUUUUUUGGAAAUGUGUUUGAUGCUAUCAGCCAUUGGCACAAAGACUUGUGGAAUAUUGAAGGAUUUUUUUUGUAAUGAAGGAACUACAAAGAAAAAAGCACCAAAAAAAGGAAAUAUCUCACUGAAGAAAAGCCAGUUUAUUGAAAAUAUAUUAUACUGAGAGUGGACAAGAAAUAUUAUAGAGAUUUUGGUUUGUUCUAUAGUCCUGAAAGAGGAUUUAUUAUGUUAUUAUUACAGUGAUAUGUUAUUGUACUCUGUAUGGACCAUUUUUAUUGCUUCAAAAGCGAGACUCAUCAGCAAUCAUUACGCAACGCCAAUUUUCCAUGAACAGGACUUCAGGUUGACAGCUGGGAGAGCCAAAGCUUCGUCCUUACAUGUGUUCUCGUCUACCGUUUAGGAGGUGUGAUCAACUGGUUUCCUGCCUCCUCGUGUUUUUCCACAACAAGACCAAAAUCCAAACUGUGUUGUCGCUUUACACUCUGCUAACCCAGACCCCCGACCCCCCCAAAAAAGGACGCAGUCUCUAAAGCCAUAUAUGUUGAUGUUUCCGACGGGAUGCUCGACUCUGCUGUACACACCACGGGAUCUCUGUCUGUACCUCAUGCCUGUAGUGUUUGCUGCUUCUGUGUGUGUUUUUUUUUUUUCUUCAUCCUCGUGAUUUGUGUCUCUCGGCGAUAUGUUACGGUGUACAUAGUAGAACUAUUUAUUGAGAGUGUUAUACUUUUUUUAAGUUAUAUUUUUAAUGUUCAUGUAAGUUAUUUUUACAUUGGUCUUAUAAACGUAAAAGAUGAAAAAAGGA